AUGCUAAUACUUGAACUACUUAAGCUUGGGAUUCUAACACUUGAACUACUCAAGCUUGGGAUGCUAACACUUGAACUUCUCAAGCUUCGAAUGCUAACAUUUGAACUACUCAAGCUUGGGAUGUUGACACUUGAACUAUUUAAGCUUGGGAUACUGAUGCUUGAAUUGCUCAAGCUUGGGAUAAUAACACUUGAACUGCUCAAGAUUGGGAUGCCAACACUUGAACUACUCAAGAAACUGACACUUGAACUGCUCAAGAUUGGGAUGCUAAUACUUGACCUACUCAGGCUUGGGAUGCCAACACUUGAACUACCCAAGCUUGGGAUGCCAACACUUGAACUACUCAAGCUAGGGAUACUGACACUUGAAAUGCUCAAGCUUGGGAUGCUUACAAUUGAACUAUUUAAGCUUGGGAUACUGACACUUGAACUAUUUAAGCUUGGGAUGAUAAUACUUGAACUACUCAAGUUUGGAUACUGA